CCUCGGGAGCUCGUCGCGACUGUGUGUCUGUCAGUGAUUAGUGAUUGUGAUCGCGAGUGUACUUGUGAUUUGUGUUCUUUUCACGAUAUACUCACAAAUUAAUAAGAAUAUGACAUAGUGUUCAACUAAGUGUAAAUGAAAAUGCUUAACGUAAUGACUUUUCGGUAUAAGCGUGCAUCCGCUGCGGCGGUCAGCGCGUUUCUGACGAUUUUAGUGUGUGUUACGCUUGAAGUAAGCUCGGUGGAGGGGAGGCAAGAACCACACAAGUUUACCAUAGAAGAAUUGUUAUCUACUCAUUUUGAACACAAGGACUCUGGGGAUCUUGGAAUGGAUCCUUGUAAAGCUGAUAACUUCCAAGGGGACAUUGCAAUACCAAGUGUGGACUACUUCAAACCUCCAACGAGUGCUCCAGUUAACAAAAUAAACAAAUCACUUCAAGAAGAAGUGGAGAGGUUGAAGAAAGAGGUGCUACUAGAGGGACUGCAGGUAGAAGAGGAGGGACUACCAGACAUAUUGAGGAAGAGGACCAAACAACCUCUGCCGUUAUCGCAAGAGAAGCCUAAGAAGUACAAUGAAGCUGUGCUGAUGACAAAGGCUUUACCUCCAGGCUUAGACAAAUCGCUGUUGUUAAAAAACGGCAAACUACCUCCAGAUGAAAUGUUAGAUAAUUACACUAAUUCGUUUAAUCAAACCAAAUCGGACCACUUGAACCAAACAACGGUACAGGAUAACCUGACUGAAUCAGAGAGUUUGGAACAAGAUGGAGUCCUUGUAGUAAACGUAUCAACGAACCACAUACUUAAUUUAGACGAGUUCUAUCCUAAUCUACAAAUCACUAAUGUGUCUAACAAAAUGGAUGAGAUCACUAAUAAGAUACAGAGCAACAGUAGAGAAAUUACGGGAGAUUCUAAAAAUAACAUCAAGUUCAAGGGUAUGCCUGAUAACAUCACUGUGGCUCCUGCUCCCACUAAUGGGGUUUUGCCGUCGAGCGAGCAGGACGAAGAGAAAUUGAUAAACAAGACAGAUUUAGAAGAUGAGAAGUUGUCGGAGCCUAAUUUGCUGAGGCCAACAGAGAGUCUACAGAACUUAAUGGAUGAGACUGGUGGAAGACGGUACCGGCGGAGGAGACGGAGACACGGUAAUGGAAGACGACUCAGAAAUAUCCACUCAAGCGAAAGAGCAGGACAGAACACGUUAAAUUCUUCUGAAAAUAAAACAACUUCUCAAUUCGUAAGGAAAAAGUUUUUUCGUCACCACAAGAAGCACAGCAGUGGAGAAAGGACUGAAAAGAAGUUCGAAAUUCCUGAACAUGAGUUCGAAGAGAGGUUCGAACUGAAACCACCACCAAAAAACAUUUUAAAUGAGACAGAAACACAAAAUUUUGACAACUGGUUUUUUCGCAACGAUACUGAUGACUUAGAAGCGGUUGAAAGUAAUUAUUAUAAUGGCAGUGAGCGCGGCAGUGGUGCUCAAGCGAUCUCCAUUGGGAAGAAUUGCGAUAAGUUCGGCAUUGUAGUCCAUGAGCUGGGCCACGUGGUCGGCUUCUGGCACGAACACACCAGACCCGAUCGAGAUCGACAUGUGCAGAUCAUCAGGGAUAAUAUUAUGCUUGGCCAGGAGUACAAUUUCAACAAGCUUACAGAAGAAGAAGUGAAUUCGUUAGGACAAACAUAUGACUAUGACUCCAUCAUGCAUUAUGCAAGGAACACGUUCAGUAAAGGAACGUAUCUCGACACCAUACUUCCAUUGGAGGUCCACGGGAAGAAGAGACCGGAGAUUGGCCAGAGAGUGAGACUCAGCGUCAGUGACAUAGCACAGACCAAUUUGUUGUAUAAGUGUGCAAAAUGCGGAAGGACACUGUUGGGUAACUCGGGGUGGUUCAAUUCCCCCGGGUGGGGCAGUGAGACUCCUCCGGCGACCCCGGAACGGUGUGAGUGGAGGAUCGUGGCGACACAUGGAGAAAGAGUUGUGCUGAACAUUACUGAAAUCGACAUCCACAAGUCGGAAGACUGCAGGUCAGAGUGGGUGGAAGUAAGGGACGGGUACAUGCCAGACGCUCCAGUACUGGGCAGGGUCUGUGGUUCAGGCAAAGGACCUAUGAUGAGGUCCACCGGCUCAAGACUGACUGUUGUGUACCAACCUGGACCGAGACCGAAACCUCAUAGAGGUUUCAGGGCGUUCUAUGAAGCUGUAUGUGGAGGAGAUAUAGAAGUGGACAGCACAGGUCAUCUGGAGUCACCGAACUAUCCUGAUGACUACCAACCCAACAAGCUCUGCAUUUGGAGACUUUCUGUACCACAGGAUUACCAAGUAGCUCUUCGCUUCCACUCCUUCGAAGUUGAGAACCACGAUACAUGUUCGUACGACAAAGUCAAAGUUAGGGAUGGUGACUCCAUGGAUAGUCCGCUCAUCGGUAUGUUCUGCGGACAUAAAAUACCUCCCGAUAUCAGAUCUACAUCGAACAAACUGUUGGUUAUCUUCGAAUCGGACAGUACAGUCCAGAAGGCUGGCUUCUCCGCGACUUUUAUGAAAGAGUUCGAUGAGUGCGCUUCUAUAGAACAUGGAUGCAGUCACUCUUGUGUCAACACCCUCGGAGGGUAUGAAUGUGCAUGUGAUAUUGGAUACGAGCUACAUUCGGAUGGGAAGAAGUGUGAAAGAUCUCUAUACUCACCAAACGGAACAAUAACGUCACCAUCGUUCCCUGACCUGUACCCACCUUCAAAGAACUGCCUAUGGGAGAUUGUAGCCCCGCCACAACACAGGAUCACGUUGAACUUCACACAUUUCGAUUUGGAAGGCAACAACAUGUACCAACAGGAAUGUGAGUACGACAGUGUGACGGUGCACUCCAAGUUGGGAGCUGAUGUGUUGAGGCGUCAUGGAGUCUUCUGCGGAUCUGCUCUGCCACCGCCUGUGACAUCUGACGGAUCUGUGUUGAGAGUUCAGUUCACAUCGGACGGCUCAGUGCACCGGUCAGGAUUUGCAGCAGCUUACUACAUCGACGUGGAUGAAUGCGCGGAGAACAACGGAGGAUGUCAACAUGAAUGUCGCAAUACCCUCGGCGGGUAUGAGUGUGCCUGCUACAGUGGCUUUACAUUACACGCCAACGCACACGACUGUAAGGAAGGAGGCUGCAAACAUGACGUCACGCAGCCACAUGGCACCAUUUUCAGUCCAAACUACCCUGCGACGUACCCGCCUCGGAAAGACUGCGUGUGGCAAUUCUCCACAACACCGGGCCACAGGAUCAAACUAGUCUUCCAGAAGUUUGAGUUGGAACCACAUCCAGAAUGCGCUUACGACUACGUGACAUUGUAUGAUGGCGCGUCAGCAGACGAGAAGACGCUUGGUCUUUUCUGUGGGAACAGGCUGCCACAUCCAAUCGUAGCAUCGCAGAACCAGAUGUAUGUGGUCUUCAAAUCUGAUGGUUCCGUGCAAAGAAGCGGUUUCCUCGCUAAUCAUUCUACUGCUUGUGGUGGCUACCUGGCAGCGACAGAUGCAGUCCAACAUUUGUACUCACACGCUCGUUACGGCGACAACGCGUAUGAAUCUCGGGCCAACUGCGACUGGAACAUCGAAGCUCCUCGCAACCACUUCGUGAAGCUCACCUUCUUGACAUUCGAGCUGGAACCAGAAGCCAACUGCCAUUACGAUUACGUGCAAGUGUUCGGAGGAUUAGACGGCAGUGGAGGGAACUAUGGUACCUUCUGUGGAACUAAGAUGCCACCUGAAAUAGUAUCAACUUCUGAAGCCCUACUUAUCAGGUUCCGUACAGACGAUUCUCUGGUGUUCAAAGGCUUCUCAGCAUCAUAUCAGAUGGUGAAACCCGUGUGGAGUGAAGAGGACAGCUUGGAAGGCGCUGAGUACGAUGAAGAGGAAGAUGAGAGGAUGCCCCCUUUAGUGGUCGGCAGGAGGGGCUUGCGGGCUUCCAUGCCUCGCUUCGUACGUCGUCCUACGUGACGCUGGCCGCUACCCCGACAUCCGCGACAUCGCCGACCGCACCGCAAUAGCCGAACCUAAUCAGUUUUACAGAUUACCACAUUACUUUUUUAAUUUGGCAACACUGUUAUAAAACUAUGUAACGGUGUAGCCCGCGAAAUAUUGACGUUUAGAAUUAAUAGUUGCCAUAAUUUAUAAACAAUUUAAGUACAAUUUUGAAACAAGCUAUUUUUUGUAAUGCUAGUUUUUCUUUUUUUACUAGUUUUGUAGUAGCGCAAUGCGGUCAUUUGCUAUUAAAACAGUUGCGAUAGAGCAUCGAUAAAGACACUAUUUUGAAAUGUUAUUUUUUACGACUGAAUAAAAAUGUAAAUAAAUUAAUAUUCCUAGUCUAAUUUAGGUCUAUUACUUAAAAUAGUGGUUACCAUUGUAAUACUCGUACGAGAUUAUGUAUGAAUCGCAUUAUCCCUAUAAGUGAUGUUAUUUAUUAUCAUAAUUAUUACAUAACCUAUUACCAAAGAAAUGUUCGUAGCUCUCAUUAGUAACAGUUUUUUACAUAACGUUGUUUGCAUUUUUACUAUGUAUUUUCAAGACGAAGUUAUUGUAACUGCUAAUAAAUGUUAGACAAGCGCACAUAGAAUCAUUUACAUGCAUUUAUAUAAAUUAAUAUAAAUUAGAAGAUAGAAUUUGAGACAAUAUAUAAUUUUAAGUCCUAGUUUAAGAUGUAAAAAGUUAUUUUAUAAUAGGUGUUCAAUUCAUAUCAAAACGUGAAUACAUUGAUUGUAUAUUGUAUACUAUUGAAUAAGCAUUUUCCUGAAUAUUAGUGGGUGUAUGAUUAUUUUGGCAAGCAGAAAUCAAUACUCGUUACAUUUUUAACUUACUCCUUACUUACAUAAAUGUAAGUACACGAAACCAAAUAUUUUACACGAUUAAUAAUUAGAUAUUAUUAUUUUAAGAUCUCCACAUUUUUUUUCUAAGAAAUAACACGAUAACAUUACUUUGAUAACUUUCCAAAGAUUUUUAUUUUCUUUAAAUAAUUUGUAGGUAUCGCCAGACUCUCAAUAGGUAAUUUUGAUUUUAUAUUAUUUUGUACUUAAUUGCUAAGAAAAC